GUCACUCUUCGAUCUACCGAUACGUCCUUUCUUCACGUUUCUUUUUAUCCACCGCUAUUCAGAAAAUUUCGUUUCUUUCUUUCUUCCUUCCGUUUAACCUGAGAUUUAUGCCUUUUCACGUUCGUUUUUCUCCCAGCGCAAAAUUCACCCGUCCUCGUCCCUCUAACACACAGGACGUAUCCUCGCGAUCCCUCUCUCUCUCUCUCUCUGGCUCUCCCUCUCUCACCUGUGCACACACGGUUCACUCUUGCUCUGUCGCGAGGGGAACACGCAGAGGUAAGAGGGACCGUGAACAGAGAACGAAGAGCAGUGCAGUCUCGAGCCUCGCGUCGAUCGCAACGGAUUUCACUAUUCCUCGGCUCCUUGCAUGCUCGACUGCUUCUUUCCAGAGCAACGAACGAACGAACCGCCGUGCCGGCAGGUGUGUGGUGCAGUGGCAAAAAUAAUAAAACGCGUGAAAAGAAUUUGCCUCGCGAGGUAUGGCAAGAUUCUCGGGGGAGGUCGAUCCAUUCUGGAGAACAUCACCGUGCCGAUCGAUCUUAUAAUAAAGAAAAAAGAAAAAAAGAAAGAAAAACGAGAAGAAGCGAAAAAAAAAGAAGAAGAAGUUUGCGAGACUGAAAGUUAUAUUAAACAUAUCCGAAUGAUAAGAUCAACUUGAGAGAAUAGAGUUUAGAAUCGACGAUAAAAGGGAGGCGUUACGCGUUUUCAAAGUAACGAUGAUCGAUUAUUCUUUAACGUAAAACUACAGGUGUAUAUUCGAAGAGACCUCGAGUCUUGUAAAUGAUCGAGAAGAAUCGUCAUCGAGAGAUCACCCACGAUUUGGGGAUGUCGACGUGCGUGAGAUGGACUUUAUGGCCGGCGAGAACGCGUUUCCGACGCUGUACGACGAGUCUCGUGUGCUACCGGAAGUGUUGAUGAUGAACGAGCCGGAUCCACGAGGUAGAUCGAACUGGUGAUUCCAAGGAAACACGGUGUCUCUUGAAAUAGCGAUCUUCCUUCGUACCUUUGACUUUUCAUCUCUUCGUUCUUUAUCGUCGUUUCACGAUUGACUCGUUAUUUUCUAAGAACGCCUGUCUAUCGAUUGGAUAAAAACGACCGGAUAUCGCGUUCGGAAUUGGAUAAUUUUCAGUGGAAGUUCGGCGAUUCGACAGCCAUGGACUGGCGGGGGGUCGUACUGGCGUUUUUAUUGAUCACAAUAGCGAGGCACAGCACCACACACGCGGCGCAAAUACCCCAGCAACUGCCUACGUCAACCGCUGCGAUAGCGAGCACCGUGCAAAUCGAGUGUGCGAGCGAGUCGAUAAUCGUCCACAUCUCGACAGAGGGGAACACCGAUUUCCAUGGUCUGGUUUAUCCAAGGGGGUUGUCCAAGAACAGCUCUUGCCUGCAAGAGUAUAGAAGCCAGCCUACCCCCAUAACCUACAACCUGCCUCUCAGGUCUUGCAACACGAUGCCCACCGAACUGGACGACGGUGGUAUCGAGUACUUCAACACGAUAGUGGUGCAACCUCAUCUGAAGCUUGUGACAAACCAGGGCAGAGGUUUCCACGUGCGAUGUCGAUACCAAACGCGCGAUAAAGUGGUAACGAACGACCAGACCCACGUGGCGAUGCUACAGUCCCUACCGCUGCAGGCAACAGCUCCUAUGCCGGGAUGCACGAUGAAGAUCUUCAGCGGAGAUCCAACGAGGCAUCAAGUGGCGGAAAACGUGAAGAUCGGGGACCCUCUGACCUUGGUCAUUAGCAUCGACAAACAGGAAAUGUUCGGUCUCAAGAUCUCCGACUGCUUGGUGCGCGAUGGCCUCGGUUGGGGAGAGCAGAGGCUCAUAAACGACGAAGGCUGCCCGGUCGAUGGUGAAAUUAUGGGACAGUUCACGUACAACGAGGACAAGACCGAGGCAAAAGUGAACUUUCAGGCGCACAAGUUCCCCUAUACAGCGAGCGUCUAUUACCAGUGCAACGUUCGAUUAUGCGUGAAACACGACGGUGGAUGCACCACCACGCCGCCAGCGUGUAAUUUGGUAUCCAGGCGACGCAGGGACACGAACGACAACGCGGCGAAAGGUGUGGAAGGCCUGGACGGAGGAACACCAGCCACCAUAGAGGUGUACAGCGGACUGUACGUGAACGAAGCUUCGGACAUUGGCUCCAAGUCGGACUUCACCGACGACGUCUUCAGAGAAAGGACAAUCGACGAUCCAAACAGCAUCUGUAUAUCGCAGAGGAGCUUCGCCAUAGGCAUCGCGAUCGCGGGUCUGAUCCUCAUGUUAGCAGUGGUGGCUGCCAUUUUGGUGCUGCUCGCCAAGAGGCGGCAUAAGAGCGUCUCGACGACCGGAUCGUCCAUCUACAGCGGACCUUACACUAAUACCGCGUACAGUCACAGCAGCUAAGUUCAACCACGAACAACGAGAACGAAAAACUCUUGACUACACGCGGUAGUGAACUCGAUUCAACGCUUCCAAACCGUUGAUCGAGAGAAAUUCUUCCAAGUAUCGGGUUCUAAAUACGUCAGCCUCGUUGCACCGAGGCGUAGAGAAUUUUUAGCUGGAUUACACGAGAUUUUGCUCAACUGCCGAUGCUAAAUACACUGUUGUUCUUUCGAGGGAAUAGCUCAGAACCCAGUAGGU